CACCGGAUGGCGAAAGAGUCGCUGCGCGUCGCGGACACCCAGUCCUGGGCCCAUGGCGCCGGCGCAGCGUUGCCCCCUGUGCCGCCAGACCUUCUUCUGUGGUCGCGGACACGUCUACAGUCGCAAGCACCAGCGGCAGCUGAAGGCGGCUUUGGAGCGGCUCCUGCCCCAGGUAGAGGCCGCCCGCAAGGCCACCCGCGCCGCACAGGUGGAGCGCUACGUGCCCGAGCACGAGCGGCGCUGCUGGUGCCCGUGCUGCGGCUGUGAGGUGCGGAAACACCUGAGCCACGGAGACCUGACCGUGCUGCACGGGGGGCUGCUGGAGCAUCUGGCCAGCCCAGAGCACAAGAAAGCAACUAACAGAUUCUGGUGGGAGAACAAGGCUGAGUUCCAAAUGAAAGAGAAGUUUCUGAUCUCCCCCCAGGACUAUGCACGAUUCAAGAAAUCCAUGGUGAAAGGUUUGGAUACCUAUGAGGAAAAGGAAGAUGAGGUGAUCAAAGAGAUGGCAGCUCAGAUCCGUGAGGUGGAGCAAAGCCGGCAGGAGCUGGUUCGGUCCGUCUUAGAGCCUCAGGCAGUGCCAGACCCAGAAGAAGGCUCUUCAGCAUUUGGAAGCUGGAAAGGGACUAACAGUCUAGUGGCUUCCACCUCACAGCAGCCUUCGUACUUGGACCUGCCACCUGCCCCAGCACUUGACUGGAUGGAGACAGGACAACCUUUGACAUUCAUUGGCCAUCAGGAUACACCAGGAAUUGGUAACAUCCACUCAGGUGCUACACCUCCCUGGAUGGUCCAGGAUGAGGAACACAACUCUGUAAACCAACAAAUAGGACCAUCCUAUGAAGAAUUUAUUAAAGAAAAGGAAAAACAGAAAUUGAAGAAACUCCCCCCAGACAGAGUUGGGGCCAACUUUGAUCACAGCUCCAGCACCAGCGUAGGCUGGCUGCCCUCUUUUGGCCGGGUCUGGAAUAACGGACGCCGCUGGCAAUCCAGGUACACAUACAGUGCCAGGACUCCAAACCACUACCCCUUUGGAGAGGUCAGCCUUCAUCCUGCUAACCCUUCAUUUCCUUUCAGACAUCAAUUCAAAACGGAAGCUGCAGCAAGGAACAAACAGUCACAUAAAGAAAAAAAGCCAAUUGUUUCCUGAUAACUUUUCCAACCACCAUAAGGCGUAACGACAAGUCAACAAACCCAUACCUAUUAUUUUCUGUUAACUACUUUUCCUAGGAAAGAGACAUACCCGCCUAUUUGAUUUAAUAAAGUUUUAUUUUCCAAAAUGUA